UCGAUCAGGUGAACCACCCAACGAAACAAGAAGAAAGAAGAAAGAACAACAAACGGACAGACUACACAAGAAAAGAAGAUUCCCAAAACUGUAGAGUCAGCGAAUGGAGUAGUCAUCUUCUGCAAUCUAUUUUGUGACCACCAAUACCAAUACUGAACAGGAAUAAUGACUGACGCAUCAUUUCCCCCUUCCGGUGGAGCUCCGCGAGCUCCUCUCUCUACAACUACUACAACCACCACCACUGCAUACACUGGACCUAGUUUCUCCUCUAUUCCGCGUCGGUCCUCCUACGCCUCAGUCCUCUCCGGCACCGCCGCUCUCGCCUCCCCCAGCAGCUCCUCGUUUUCCCAUUUGAAUCCCGCAUAUCCCCCGCCCUUGACCGCCGACAGCCGCCUGUCGAGGCUAUCCGCCGCCGUGGAUGCUGAUAUCAUGAACUCGCCCUGGCGGUCGUCUCCUGGUGAGACCCUGCCUCCUCACUCCCGCAAAUUCGCCAGCUUCCCUCUUCACGAUCCCUUCGCCCAUCAGCCGGGCAGCUUCGCCGACACCGUCCCCGCCUUCACCCCCUCUUAUCUCCGCAACUCCCGUUAUGUCUCCCGCCUCGAUGCCGCCCGUCGGGCUAAACUCGUUGCCCCUCGAGAUACCGCCGUCCCCUCCGCCACGUCGAUCCCUCUAUCGACCUCGUCGAGUCAGGCCAGCCUGCCCCGGAUCACUCCUUCUCACCGAGGCAUGACCUAUGAUAUCAUCGAACGGGAAACCCCCAUCGAAGAUGACCUUUUGAUACCCUUGCCCUCCGGCUGGAAUGCCGAAGAUAGAUCUUCGGGCUUGGAACUGACCAACGGUGGGUUUGAAGUUCGGUAUACGGGCCCAGUGAACAAACACGAUCAUGAGGCGGCGGCCAUUCGCGCGGAUAGUCCCAUGCCCCCGCAGUGCGGGAUCUACUACUUUGAGAUCACUAUUCUCUCCAAACCUAAAGAGGGGAUGAUCGGUAUCGGAUUCUCAAGCAAGAAAGCGUCCAUGGAAAGGUUACCAGGAUGGGAACAAGAGUCCUGGGCCUAUCAUGGCGAUGAUGGCAAGUCGUUCUUUGGGGAAAGCCAAGGACAAGGUCGUCAGUACGGCCCGACCUUCGGGGCAAAUGAUACUGUGGGAUGUGGUGUGAACUUCUCGACUGGAUGUGCUUUUUUCACCAAGAACGGUUUUUUCUUAGGGAAUGCAUUCCGAGAACUACGAAACAUUAAAGUUUACCCAUCGGUGGGAAUGAAGAAGCAACCGCCGGUGCAUAUUAUUGCGAAUUUCGGCCAGCAGCCCUUCAUGUUCGACAUCGAUGAAAUGGUCAAGAAAGAGAAAUCUCUAAUCCACUCAGAGAUCGCCUCGACCAGUACCGCCAAUCUACACCCGCCAUUGGACGAAAAUGCCUUGUUGCAGGAGUUAGUGGCGCAGUUCCUCGCCCAUGACGGCUAUGUGGAAACGGCCCGCGCGUUCGCCGAAGAGGUGGCGGCGGAGUCGACGGCGCUGGAAAAUGGCCGACCCGCUUCGCUGCCGGAGUAUGAAGUUGUGGAGGAUGUGGAAGCAGUUAAUCGACAGAAGAUUCGAGCCGCAAUCCUUGAUGGAGAUAUAGACAAAGCGCUCAAGUACACCAAUGCAUAUUAUGCCAACGUGUUACAAACCUACCCUCAUAUUCAUUUCAAGCUAAGAUGCCGCAAAUUUUUGGAAAUGAUGCGGCGGUGCAGUGAGCUGUCAGCGAUGGCGUCAAAGCGGGGACGCUCAACAAACGGGUUGCUGGACAGCGCGGUGUUUGACCAGGAUAUGGAACUAGAUGACCAAGCUCACGAUGGGGAUGGAUGGGAGGUUGAGGAGAUGGAGAUCGAAGACACUGAAACGGCAGCCAAAUCGAGGGAGCUGCUGACCGAAGCUGUACAGUAUGGGCAACAACUCUUCAUCGAUUACCCGCCCGAUGAACGGGGCGGGGACCGGAAGAUGUUAGAAGACAUCUUCUCCCUGGUGGCCUAUCAGGACGCGCGCCAGUCAGUGCAUGGGCAUUAUCUGGACCCGGCCGGCCGCAUUGCCGUGGCAGAAGAGUUGAAUUCGGCCAUUUUAGUGUCACUCGGCAAGUCAUCUUUGGCGGCGCUGGAGCGCCUGUACCAACAGACAGAGGUGCUGGUGAACGAAGUUGGCGAAGAUGGUGGCGCUGGGGCGUUUAUCAAUGUACGCCAGGAUUUCUUGCUUUGAUGGCUCCGGGGCGAUGGGAAUGGGUCUAUG